UUCAUUGUUUAGGAAUCGUAAUUAAUAACGCUCUUGUGAAAUACGCUCGUAUCAAAACUAUCAACAUUCAUCUAUGUAUUUUGACUUUUUGAUUCGCUAGUAUAUGUAGUAAUGAAAUACAUGUAUAUAACUUUUAAGGCGACUGUAACAGACGUUAAACUAUUCGUAAUUGUAUUAUAGUAUAUUAUUUACAGCGUUACUAAUGGUUUUCUAAAUAUAGGUUGUGAGAAUUCCGUUUUAUUUUUAUCAACCAAUGAAAACGCUCGGAUUAGGUCAUGACAUUAUUUCGUCCACGCUGGAAGUAGAAACGCGUUUAAAUUUCACCAAAUUAAAAUGACGAUAUCCUAUUUGCAUUUACUAUAUAUAUUGAAGCUGGCCGUCUUAAAGCAAAACAUUCAAUACCGAAUAACGAGUCGAAUACUCAAGAAAUAUAUAGUUUAGAUCUUUACUGAUCUAUUAAUUUCUGUAAUACAUUACUAGCUCUGUGGGACGUAUAUUUUAGUUAAUUAAUAAUGGGUAUGUUUCUAUCAAGAUUGUAUAAUCUGUUUGAGGACUGGGGAGCGGACCCAGCCCGGAUUGUUAUGCUCGGACUGGAUGCUGCAGGAAAGACAACUGUGCUGUACAAAAUCAAGUUGAAUGAAACAGUUACUACCAUUCCUACUAUUGGUUUUAACGUAGAAACUGUCACUCCUGUGAAGGGUCUACAGUUUACUGUAUGGGAUAUUGGAGGCCAAGGAAAAAUAAGACCCUUGUGGAAACGGUACACAGAAAAUUCUGAAGGUUUGAUAUAUGUAGUGGACAGCGCUGACAGAGAGCGGAUGUCAGAGGCCCGGGAAGAGUUAUUUGGAAUUCUAGAAGGGGAAGAAAUGAGAGGCGUUCCAGUGUGCAUUGUUGCCAAUAAACAAGAUCUGCCAAAUGCAAUGAGUCCUUCAAAAGUAAUUGAGGAAUUGCACUUGCAGAAGCUAACAGGCCGGAAAUGGUAUAUCCAAGCUGCGUGCGCAACUACCGGGGAAGGAAUAUAUGAAGGAAUGGAACACCUUGCAACAAUGGUUAAAGAAUUCAAACACAACAAUCGAUUUUAGAAGAAACACUGUCACAGCUUUUAUUAAAAUGAGACAGUUUGCCUUGUCGGCUCAAUCAAGAUGGUGUUUGAAAUAAAGGCCAUAUAAGCCAUGUGUUCUACGUAACUUGAUACUGAACGUUCGUGGAAUUAAGAUGUUUGGUGUUCACAAAAGGAUAUUUCAAAUGGUUAUCGGCUACAAUCACGCCGAAUAAAAAUCAUUUGACAUCUUUGUCAUCUCGAACAAAUAUGAUAAAGUUUAUACAAUUUGACACAUUGUUGGUGUCUAUUUUAGCCAUAUGUUUGGAGAGCGAACACGGGGUGUGCAAUUCUGGAAUAAUCCGAAAUCCUUGAACUGGUAUAGUGAACUCGAAUCCAUUGUUGAUUUUUGUUCCGAACAAUAGCCUUUACUACAAAGCUUUUACUUUUAUAUUUUGUGGUUUUUUGUCUUCUUGCAAAGGAAAUGAUAGUUCAGUCACAUAAGUACAUUCAAGUACUCUAUCAGGACUGACAUGCGUUAUGUUCUAAUAUUAAGGACCUUUGUUGUGUGUUUAUGGUGAGAUCAGAUUAUGAUAUUGCUUUAUUUAAUGUAAAUGUUAUACUUGGAGUUGUUCUUUUUUUCAUUAGUUUUAUUAGCAUCAAAGUAAUAUUAUACUAGAAGUUGUACAUCAUUUAUAUAAGUACUUGUUUACAUUGUUAGUAUUUUCUUCUGUUACAUGUUGUAAAUAGUGACAUUGUUUUAAUGUUGAUUUUGCUGUUACUGUUGUUGUUGUUGUUGUUUAUAAAUAAAUA